AUGAACUCCGAGGGCGAAACUUAUUUGCCAAAAACGUUUCAUCUUUUAUCUGUGGUCGGACCUGGCCCAAAGCAUGGUGAAAAUUUUACAGCUAUUCAUCUGUUUUAUCUUAUAGUUUUUCUACUGAUUAUCAUAUCUUCCUACGGAUUAUAUCAACCUGCCGUAAACGCUACCUUAGCUGAAAAAAUCUUCUGCUCCCUCAACAAUAGCAUUUCAGCGACAAAUUGUCAAACUAUGUUGCCAUAUUCGCUAAUUUAUCGCAUCUUCUUCGCGACUUCGGUUUUCUUUCUGAUUUUAUGCGUGAUUUUUUACUGCUGUUCCAAAAAUCAUAACAUCAGCAUCAGAGUCCAUUCCGGGUUCUGGAUUCCAAAAUUUGCGUUCCUCACGUUGCUCAUAUUUUGCGCGCUAAAUAUUCCUAGGGGCGGUUUUGGAUUGGCAUGGAUGUAUUUUGGAAUGGUUGGAUCGUUUCUUUACACGCUUAUACAAUUUGUAUUCGUGUUGGACGCCACCAAAGGCUGGAAUGAAUUUCUGACUAAAAAAAUGGACGACACCACCUCCGCCAAAUUCUGGAACUUUCUAAGACUAUUAUCCGCCAGUGCCAUGUAUCUUUCAUCAUCAAUUGUGGUAAUUCUUUUGUUCUUGUUGUACACCAAACACGACAGUUGUAGAACUAAUUUAUUUCUCCUUAUAGGAACUGUUUUAUUGUGUGGGAUAGCCAUUGUUAUUUCAGUGUUUCUGGAUUCCUAUCCAGAGCGAUUGAUGCAGACGAGUUUCGUGACGAUGUACACGACGUAUUUGAUUUAUGCCUCGCUCAGGUAUGGACAAAGCGAAUGCGACGCCGAACGAGACUACGCAAUUAAGACUGGAAACCAGCCUGAUUUGAAUUUGUAUUCGGUGGCUGACGUGUUGAUAAUCUUCUGCUUGGUAGCAUUUGCAUGUUUGCGGGCACCACAGCCCUAUUACAGGAAAUUCGGACGAGUUAUAAUUUCUAGGGGGAGGAUAUUAACUGGAAAAGACAAAAGCUGCAGUUCUUCGUUUCUGCAUUUUGUAUUUUCAUUGUUUUCAGUCCAUCUCAUGAUGGUCAUAACAAACUGGUACAAUCCUAGAGAAACGCAUUAUGGAGAGGAAGCGGUAAACUGGGUUGCACUCACACUGAAAACAUUUUCCAGUCUCGUCUCUAUAUUUCUUUACAUUUGGAGUCUUAUUGCUCCAAGUAUAUUUCCCGACCGUGACGUGCACUCCAUACAAGGCAUUUUGACCUCUCUUGCGACAUUCACGUGUAAAGCACUUUACGUCGUGUUCAUUAAACCGUGUCCUUGGUGGAAUCAAUCGAAAUCAACUAGGUUCGCAUAUACCUUCCUCCUAUUGGCUGGAACGGUCGCGUCCUGCACGAUGUAUCUUCCCGCCGUUAGACGCGCGCUCGAAAGUAACCCUUAUUUCUGUAGCAGACUUACAAAGAUGGGAAAUUGUCUAAGUAUGGAUCCAGCCUACUUAGCAGUGUACAGGAUUUGCUUUUCCAUGGCGGCGUUCUUCCUGCUAUUCGCAAUGAUUCUUUACUCAGUCGAAUUUCACAGCGACCCUCGAGCCUUGAUCCAUAAUGCAUUGUGGUUGGUCAAAUUUGGCCUGUUUUUCGGUCUUGUCCUCUGCACCUUUUUCAUUCCCAUGGAAUUCAGUAAAGUUUGGAUGUACUUCGGACUUAUAGGCACUUCCAUGUUCAUUAUUAUCCAGCUGUUUCUGCUAGUGGAUUUCACGCGAGUUUGGAACAAAACCUGGGCGCGAAAAAUGGAAAAAACAGGUAAAAGAUGUUGGUUUUACUUAGUGUUUGCAUGCACCGUUAUCUUUUAUGGAAUCUCUGCCGCAGCCAUUGUCUGCUUCUAUGUUUUCUUCGGUGCUUCGUAUAAAUGUAAAACAAACAAGAUGUUUGUGAGUAUUAACCUGGUUCUCUGCGCCGUGGCAGCCAUUAUAUCGAUCCAUCCCAUGGUCCAAGAUGGCGGCUUACUUCAGUCUUCUGUAGUAACAGCUUAUUCGGUGUACCUUACUUGGUCGGCACUAUCUUACAAUCCUAACGAGCGGUGCAAUCCAGUUGCAACGUACGUUUCUGAAGCAGACAUGAGGCCCAACCUUAACAUUCAAGCUUCGUUAGACUUGUGCUUAUUGGUGAUUACUAUCAUAUAUUUCAGCGUUCGGGUGUCGCCAAUAACAGACACCUUACGAGAACUGAUUGCGACCACACUUCGGCUCAUCGUCGGACUUCGCCGACGAAAGGUCAAAGACGGCGAGGACCAGUCUCCGGACAAAGAGCGAGGCAAUGAAGCUGCUCUGCAUGAAAACGAAUCUUCGCAACAAUUAUUUGAAUUUUCCGAUGAAAAAGUUCCAUAUAGCUAUUCGUUCUUCCAUUUUGUGUAUUUCGUUGCUGCAAUUCACUUAACGAUGGUGUUAACAAACUGGUAUUCUCCAAAGGAUGGUUCAAACAUCAAGCUAUCUAUUGCAUGGGCAGCCAUGAGCAUAAAAAUGACUUCAAGUUCUAUGUGUGUUCUCCUGUACAUUUGGAGUUUAGCGGUACCUAUUUUAUUGUACACUAAGAAACCUUGUUAG